UAGUAUAGACUCUAUUGAUAUAAUUGAAGUGUCAAUUGUUAUGCAUAUGAUUGACAUCUUAAGACAUUUUGACUGAUUUAAUGAUUACUUGUCGUAUAAAUUGGUUGAUAAUUGAAUAAUGAUUGAUAUUAUUGGUAAUACUUAGCUAUCAAUAUGUAUGCAAUGGUAGUGUCUUUAGUGUCGAUUAUCAUCUAUAGUGUGUCACUGAUGGGUGACUUUGUAUUUGAUGACACAGAAGCCAUACUAAACAAUAGGGAUGUAAUGAAUGAUACAAGUAUUGGACAAUUAUUUGUUAAUGAUUUUUGGGGAACUGCUAUGAGUGACAAAAUGAGUCAUAAGUCAUACCGACCGCUAACUGUUCUCGUCUUUCGUUUACUUCGGUUCUUAAGUCAUACUUUUGUAUUGUCGACAAAUCCAUGGUAUCCUAUGAUUGGAGAAAUGAAUGCAUUUGUAUAUCACUUGUUUAAUGUCUUAAUGUAUACCAUAUUGAAUGUCUUACUAUUGAUUGUAUUAAACAAUCUAUUGAUGACAUAUCGCUUAUAUAAUGACAACAAUAAGAUUAAGAGGAAUGCCUUUUUGGCGACUCUUUUGUUUACAAGUCAUCCGAUUCAUACCGAAAGUGUAAGCGCUUGUGUCGGUGCCGCUGAUCUAUUGUCUUCAAUGUUUGCAUUGAUUUCUCUCUUAAUUUAUCUCAAAUCUAGUCGUCAAUUAUAUGAUAAUAAUUGUGUGAAUCUGUCAAACUAUGGUAUCAAUUGUUUGUUUAUUAUAUCGAUGUCGACAAUUGCUAUGCUUUUCAAAGAGCUGGGCAUCACUUUUAUCGGCUUAUGUAUAGUGUUUGACUUGAUUUUGAUGACUGAUUUAAGAUACAAAUAUAAAACAAAACUAUUAAUUUAUCGGAUAAUAUGUUUAACUAUUGGUACUAUUUUUGCAAUUUUUAUGAGAUUCAAAGUAAUGGACUUCAGAGGACCUAAAUUUCAAAGAGGAGACAAUCCUUCGUCAUUUGAAGAAACACUUUAUAUAAGAAUUAUUAAUUAUAAUUAUAUUUAUGCCAUCAAUGCAUGGAUACUGAUAUUUCCCGACUGGUUGUGCUUUGAUUGGUCCAUGUCUUGCAUCCCACUCAUCAAAAGUUUUUAUGACUUUCGCAAUGUUUUUAUUAUAAUUUUUUGGAUGACUUUACUUCUUGUUUUCAAAUCAGCACUUCUUCAUAAAGAUGAACAAAUUCGUCGUCAAUUGCAGAUAUCAUUGUCAUUAUGUUUGGUGCCAUUUAUUCCGUCUUCUAAUAUAUUUUUUAGAGUUGGUUUUGUUGUCGCUGAAAGAGCUCUCUUUCUUCCCAGUAUUGGAUUUGUUUUGAUUAUUAUAAUUGGUAUUAAUAUUAUUUCUAAUCGAUUUUCCAACUAUUCAAAGCGCAAUUUUGAGUGGACUACUGAAAAACGAUUGUUUAGUUCAGGCCUUCGUGUUUGUCCGUUAAACGCAAAAGUUCAUUAUAACAUUGCUAAAAAUGCGGCCGAUUUUGGAGAUAAAAAUAAAGCUAUUGAAGAAUAUAGAGAAGCGAUUCGUUUGAAUCCAGUCUAUGAACAGGCUUUCAAUAAUUUGGCGAAUAUUCUUAAGGAUUCCGGAUAUUUACACGAAUCCUCUGAAUUGCUUAUAAAAGCAGUUAAAAUUAGGCCCACAUUUGCAGCCGCGUGGAUGAACCUCGGUAUAGUUCAAACAACACUUAAACAAUAUAUUGAGGCUGAAGUCAGUUACUUGAAUGCUAUUAAACACAGAAAUCGAUACCCACAAUGUCUCUAUAAUUUAGGAAAUUUGUAUGUGAAACAAAAUCGUUAUUCUGAGGCAUACAAGAUGUGGAUGACUGCCAUUGAAAUGAAUCCAACAUUAUUAUCACCAUGGAACAAUUUGAUUAUUAUGCUCGACAAUACACAAGAUUACCACAAAGCACUUGACAUCGGUUUGCAGGCACUGGUAUAUCACACAAAUGAAAGUUCAUUACUUUUUAAUAUUGCCAAUGUUUUAGGCAAACUAAAUAUGUUUAAUGAAUCCGAGACUUAUUUUAUGAAAGCAAUUGCUUUAAAUCCAAAUAACGCACAAUAUUUUGCUAAUUUAGGAGUCCUUUAUCACCGAUUUAAUGAUUAUACCAAAGCUAUUACUAAUUAUAAAAUAGCUCUUCAAUUGAAUCCAAAGUUUGAAAGUGUUCAAAAA